AUGUCUAGAACUCUGUUUUCAUCUUUCCCAUGGAAGAAGAGGGCGAUGAUGAGAAGAGGAAGAAAAAGAAAGAGAAGACGAGAAGAUUUGGUCGCUCCUGAAAUUCCUUUGGAUCUCCAGAUCGAGAUUCUGACUAGAUUGCCUGCUAGAUCGCUGAUGAGGUUCAAGUGCGUCUCAAAGCUAUGGUCUUCUCUUAUCCGGUCUCGAUUCUUUAGCAACCGUUAUCAUAAGGUCGCAUCCACACGACCGCGACCACCUCGUCUAUACAUGAGUUUGGUGGACCACCUCAAGUGUAAUUCAAUGGAGAUCUGCCAAAAUCCCCGCGAGACGGUACUGCUAUCAUCAUCGUCUAGUAGUGCAAACUCUUUCGACCAGGCUCUGACAAUGCCAGGGAUAGGAGGCCGUAACAUGGUGAUUCUUCGCGGCUUGAUUCUAUAUUUUGUUUGCAGACAAGCAUGUAUCUAUAAUCCCACCACCAGACAAAGCCUAACCUUACCCGCCGUCAAAUCCAACCUCUUUGCGAAAGAAUCAUUUCGUCAGAGUGUACUCUACUUCUUGGGACAUGAUCCUGUUCUUGAUCAAUACAAAGUAGUCUGCACUGUUGUGAGAUCCUCAAAACGUUAUAAGAAGAUAACUUCGGAGCAUUGGGUCUUGGUACUGGAAGCCGGAGGUUCAUGGAAAAGAAUUGAGUUUGAUAAACAUCAUCUUCCUACAAGACCAGGAGUGUGCAUCAAUGGUGUUAUAUAUUAUAUGGCUUCCACUGGCUUGUUUCCCCGAGCCAUUGUCAGUUUUGACGUUAGAUCUGAAGAGUUCAAUAUGUUCCAAGCACCUCGUGUGCUGCCUGAGUUAGGUUGGCCUGUGGCGUUUAUAGAGUAUGCUGGAAAACCAGCUAUUAUUGAUCAUACCCUUCUUAAAUGCGAAGGUUUGGUGGACUUAUGGGUACUUGAAGAUGCUGGAAAAUGGUCGACGAAAUCUCUGGUUUUGAAGCCUUGUCAGAUGCAUUUAGUCGAUAACAAGAUUAAUAUGACGGUGGAAGGUAUAACGCAAAACGGUGAGGUUAUCUUUGCAUACAGACCGUUGAUUUAUCCUUAUUACAUUCUCUACUAUGAUCUGCAAAAGAACGAUCUAAGAAAGGUUAGAAUCAGAGGUAUACCGAAACACUGGUUUCGUAAGCCUGAUGGUGAUGCAAGAUUUUUUUUCAAGCAUAUGGAUAAGAGUGAAAGCAUCAUGCAUUUGGAAAUUUAA